AUGCGGGCUGGGGGCGCGGGGGCGGCGCCGCCUGAGGGGCCGCGGGCCGAGGUGGCUGCGGCCGCCGGAGUGGCGGCGGCCGCUCGGGCUGACAUGGAGCGGGACCGCGGGCUCCGCGCCCCCGGCGCCGGGAAGGCACCGCGGAAGAAGCGCCGCUCCUCCCCUCUGCCGGGGGCGGACGCUCUCCCGAGCAGCCGGGCCGGUGUCUCCCAGAUGUGCCGGCGGCGCCUGUUCGGGAGCGCGGGGCCUCGCGGGCCCGAGCCCGCCUGCCCGAAGAAAAAGUUCAGUGGGAAAAACCUACCGAAGAUUAAAGAAAAUGUUGAAUUUGCUGAAGAGAGCUCUUCAUGCAAGCAAAGCAAUCAAGUGACUGUCAGAGAAACAACAGACUUCAAGAUGAAAGAAGGGGAACCAGAAGAAAGCAGUGUACCACCGAAGGAAUCCAAAAUAAUCAACUUUGAAAGUAAAGGAAGUUUGAAAAAUGCUGAAGUGACUUCAAGUACAGAAAUUACUCUUCCCACAGGUGUUUCUACCUUUCUCAUAGAGUGUUUAGAUGAAGAUUCAGCUGCAGACUAUAGCAUUGCUAGUGACAGCCUGAAGACUUAUUCAUCCCCUGAAGCAUUCAGAGAUAACGAUUUGGAAAGAUGCAAUUUUUACUCUGUGGACCUUGACAAGUACAAGAAUUCUACUCUCCUGGACUCCAGCAAAGCAGUGACCAUAGAUAAGAUACCACAGAUCUCAAAUCUUUCAGCAAUAUUAGAACCCGCACCAGAGAAUUUUUCAGACCGACGCAUUAGAAGAAAGAGACUAUCAAAUUACUAUUACAGUUCUUCAGCAUUAAGCAUUUCAACUCCACUGGCAGGAAAAAACCUCUGUAAAAUAACAGCUGCAAGAGAGAGAACGCCAGACCUAAAAAGUGGUAUGCGCUGUUCUUCACCGUUAGGACCGGAAAGCAAGCAUGAUAAUAAAGAACCUAAAGCCAAAAGGCGGAAGAAAAAAGAAAGCAAUUUUAAUCCCUUAGAAGAAGGUUCGUCAUCGUCAUUGUUUAGGCGUGAUGUUCCAGAAAACACAUCAGCCAGAUCAAAGGGGUUGACAGCAGAGGUUCUACCCACGAAACCGACAGAUGAUGUGGUGCAAAUGACUUCCACCAUGCUAAUCAUGGAGGAAAAUAAAGUCCUAAAAUAUCCUGGUAAUGCUCAGCCUCUAGAGCUAGAUCUUAGCCUGUCACCAGUGUGUAAAGCCUCACCUGGGGAAGACCUAUUCCUGAAUACCACAGGUCCAUUUGUAAAUUCAGAAGAAAUUGUUCCUGCAUCUCUGAGCUCAGAAAAAGAAAUUAUUCCUCAAAGUCCAGAAGAAAAGAAUAUUUUAAAGCCUCCAUGUGAACGACAAGAAAUCUGCUCCAUCAUUAGACUGUCACCAGGCGAGAGGCCCUCCCGGCGCCAGCAAGUUCCAGUUAAGAGGAAAGAGUUCUGCCUUCCCAAAGGAGUGCCUGAAGAUACUAUUAUAAGUACCAAAAAUUGGAUCUACUGUAAACAGAGAUGAGAUUUUUGGCUCUCAGCAGGAGUUAACAGAAGAAAUGACUGUCUUGCUGCUGUGGCAGUGUGGUAAAACAGAACUCCUAACUAGUAAAUAAUGGUUGUAAUUUUUUUUUUGUUGUUUUUGCAUGUAUGUUGUUUGAAAUUUAGUAUUUGCAAAUACUCAAAUACUUGAUAUUAAAUUAUUUUGUACAGCAGCUAGAUCCUGUUCUGGGCAUUAUUUUGUAAGGAUUCCAUAAAGAUGAUUCUUCAGUUUGUUUAGAUUUUUAAAAAGUGUGACUGGAGAACAGAAGACCAAAUUGCUUUAAUAGAAUUACUUUGGGCUCUUUUUCUGCCAAGAUUUCUAGUUUUCUCUAGUAGCAUUAGCAUCUAAAGAUGUAAACUCUGUUUAAGUGUUAACAUUGGCUAUGAAGGUAACUGCAUGUCCUGGGAGUGGCUGUGAAAGCAUUCAUGUACUCUUGGGGACCCAGAAGUCAAUAGUAUGCCACCAUUAAACUCCUUGAAUGCUUAGGUCUGCAGAACUUGGGAGGUACAGGACUGUGUGUUCUGCUGUAAUUUGAAUUCUGAACACAAAUACAGGUCAUCUUCACCCCAUCAUCACUGUGAAUUCCCUCUCAAUGAUCAGCACUGGCAUUCUAGGUACAUCCACUUCUGCCGCUGCCAUCUCAGAGUCCUUCCUGUUUCAUCUCAGGUAUUUUGUAAUAUCACAUCUCUGUCAUUGUUUUUGCUAGUGGCUUCAGACUUAGAGAAAGUAAAUGCCUUAUGUGAACAGAAUGGUGGGAAAAAAAAACCCAAAAAACCCCCUUUUAUAGCUGAACUGUUUGAAGAGAUGGAUAUUGACCUUCUGGAUUUUCAGGUUACUGCUCACACUGUGUCCACACAAGUCAAAUUUCUAGUGCUUCCUGCUAAGCUUGUGGAUUGUUAAUUCAUAAAUGUUGUUUUUAAUGUGCUGAAUGUCUGAGAAAACACUGUCAAGAACAUGGUUUUUUCCACUUGAAUUCAUUGCACAUUAAAGUAAUUUGGACCCCUACAGUGUUCUCACUACAAUAUCCUUUACUCAGCCUUUAACUGAACAAAAAGGAACUUUUUUGAUAUUUCAAAAUGCUAGUAUGGCUUUCAAAAGUCUGAGUUUGUUUCUCAGUGUUAUCACCCUGGAAAAUAGUUCUGUAUUUCCAAAAGAGCAUGACAAGAAGACUUAAAAGAUAGUUUGACUGCAUUUGAAAAUACCUGCGAAAGUUCAAACCCUGAUCUUUUCCCCAUUGCUCUGGGGUAGAAGGAAGUGCAAAUAAUUGCUGCUGGAUUAGUCUGUGAACAAGUAUUAUAUAAACAUUCUAAAUGGCUCAAGGUUAAAAAUUAUGCCAUUAAGCUAUUUUUCUUUUAAGCAUAAGUAGAAUGAGUUCUGCCAAUAACUCCUUGGAGUCCUGUCGGGUAUGCUUUUAAUUAUCAAUAUCCUUGUUCUUGCAAAUACUAAGUCACAAGUAAUUAUACAAGAAUCUGGAGGCCCUAGGAGACAGAGGUGAGCUCCUUGAUGUAGCUUUAAGCAAAAUUGAAAGUUACAUAUUUUGUAAGUUAUGUUUAUGAUGUUUAUUCAAGUAAAGGAUGGUCCAGAAUAAAGAUAUGUUUCCUGUAAGGGAAUUCUGGAAGUCAUAGGAGAAAACACUUAUUUUGCCCCAGGCCAUUUGGUAGUGUUAUCCAAAGAGACUAAUACUGGCAAACUAAUUGGAAAGUACAAGAGAGGAAAAUAUGUUCUGUAACUGUGGAAUUGGCAGUAGCAGCCUGAAUAUUGCUGGGGUUUGCUUUUGUUUUUCUUGAUGUGAUGAGGCUGUAUAGGAGGACAGAAAUAUCAUGAACCACAAUCUCUUGUCCUUCCCUUCAGUUAUGAAAGCAGUGCUUCUUAUCAUCUUUUGUCUGACUCUUAGAGAAAGUGUAAUUAAUUACCAGGCUAGCUCUUUGCCCCAGGGAAGGAAAUUCAUUUUGAGGCUGCAACAAUCUCUACUCUUGUUCUGCUGUUCUCAAAGGAACGGCAUUUUCCCAUAGUUUGGUUUUCAGCUGAGAAAUGACUAAAUAAAAUAUCAUUCAGAUGAGAAAUGACUAAAUAAAAUUUCAUUCAGAGUGGAAACUGGCUCUUCCAUAUUGGUAGGUAAAGGUUAUGGGUCAUGGCCAGUUAAUGGUUAGGACAGAGGAGGUUAUUUGUGCAGUGAUUCAGGAGAAGAAUCUGUUCAGUGUCACCAGGGCUGCUCUGUCACAUCCCAGACAUGAUGAAGUCUUAAUGGCUUGAAUGAAAUUGCUUCCAGCGACUCAGUCCAUGCAAGAACUCUGAUAAUCCUUUAUCACCAGGAACUGUGCAUGGCAGAUGCAUGUUGAGUAAAUGUAUUAUACAUAAAUGUGUAAGAGGUUUUUCAUUAACACUGUUCAGUUAUUCUUGUUAUCUGAAGUGCACUUCUAGGAGACUUUGACUUCAAGGACUCAGAGAUGGUGGGAGAUGUUUCUUGUACUGGAGGGCUACAAAGGUACAUGUACAGGCCAGUGGAGGGUAAAGCCUUACAUGCAAAUGGUUCUGGUUUGGUUCAUAAUCUUUAGACAGAAGAGAGAUGUCCGGGGUCCAAAUAUACUGAAUGUACACAUAAGUUCACUUAUAUUUAAAGAGGCUCUAUCAGCUUGAAUUGUAAUGCACUUGAGCUUAGCUAAAUCUUCAUUGCUCUAAAUUGUGAAACUAUUUUAUUUUGUUCCCUGAGGACUCUUUAUCUUUGAGACUGUAUUUAUGUGCUUCUCUUGAAGCCAGAAGGCUUCCACAUGGUGAAAGGAUGUAAAGAUUGUUGAGGUAUAAGUCUGUGGCAGGCACGUGUGUCUUCCAUACAGAACAAGGGGGAAAAGAUGCAUCUAAACAAUAGUCCAUGUAUUGUGUUAGAAUUGUCUACAACUUCUGGUAGAUGGAAAACAAAGUUCCUACAGAUGGGUGAUUGUGAAGAAUCAUUUUGUAGAUAUGUUACACAUACACUAAAUUAUGCCUUAAAAAUAAUCUGCUUAAUUUAAUCUUACAUCAUACGUUGUUUUAGCUUAAUUCCAUUUUCCAGGGAAAGCAGAUGAGUCAGUCAGUUUUGUCAGUCCUUAAUUAAACAUCCUAGCAGGGUUGUAUCUGAACAGUGAGACAU